AUGAAAUUCCAUCCGUUUUUCAAGAGGGAUCAACGGCAACAAAACUCCUCAUCACAAGAUGACACCAUUGACCAAUCACAAGAGGAUCAAAGUUCACAAAAGCGUCGUUUCAAUUUGUUCCAUUCAAAGAAAGAGCAACAUCAACAACAACAACAACGCGUUGGGGAAAAAAAUGAUCAAGCAAAUCACAAUCGAACAGAGUCGAAUGAAACCUCCAUAACCCAUCUUUCAAUCAACGAGUCGUAUUCUGCUGACGGAUCUUUGUGUAUCGAAGAUUCUGAUGGAUCGUUUGAAGUGCUUUCACCGCAUCACAUGAUACAGUAUGGCAAGUCUCUCUUCGAAUUAGAGGCAGAGGGGCAGCUUCAAGGAAACAAAUCCGACGCCGAGAACUCGUCUGAGGAAGGUCUUAGUUGCAUCAUGGAAGAAAAUUCUGGAGAAGCCCAAUCAUCAGAUAGCUCAGCUGGUGUUUCGUCUCAAGAAGUCAGUCCAAGCCCCUCGCCUACAGCUACGCCGUUGUCAUUGAGUCAACGGGAUGAACGAUCCCACAUAAGUGGAUCGUUGCUCAGUUCGGAUAACAAGAAACUACCAGCAGUUACAAAACAACGGUUCAGUCAAAUAAACACCAUUCCACCAAGAAGGAUUCAAAUGGACGGGUCCAUUCUGUCGCAAACUGGCGGGGCAUGGGCGGGGAGUUCCAAACCAGCUACGAAAGAUUCGAGCUCAUCUUCAAGCGAAAAAGAAGACGAGCCCGUCUCAUUCUUUGAUUGCAUCAGCAAGAAACCUGUCGACGAAGACCAGGACCCUAGUGGUUUGGACGGCUUGAGUCCUGCAAAUCUUCUAGAUCAAGAAGAAAGUAGUAGCAGUAGUAGCAGCAGUAGCAGCAGUAGCGAGGGGUCCUCAUGUAGAAAGGGGUUGUUGAAUGCGAAAAAGAAAAAGAAAAAACAUCGACGCUCGUCAAGAAGUUUUCUAAAUUUCUUUUCUAGACCUGCUGCGAGAAGUUUGACUCCAGCUCAAGAUGACAAUGCACCAGCUUCUGUGUACGAGCUUGUCGCAUCUGCUUUCUCUGAUGCUGGAGACGAUUGUGCUGAUGAGGACUUGAACCAAAGAAUGGAGAACGUACGCUGGACAGCAUCAGAUGGUACUCCAAGAUUUCAAGCAUGA